GGAAAACUCUGGCUCCCCCUCACCCCACUCCCUCGCCUGCCCCCAAUAUCCCAGGACUUCCAGUUUCAUCUUCCUGCCCCCUCCAGACUGAAACCAGCCCCUUCAGGCCCCACUCGGCACUAGUGAUUGGGCCUGCACACCCUCAGGGAGGUGCCUCAUGGCAGCCCGCCCACCACCGCCCCCUGGGCCUGGUUUCCUCAGGAAAAGCCUUGGGAGGAAACCGGGAGGGGGUUGGAGCUGUGGGGGCCAGGCUCACUCAAACCCUCUCACUGCGCUGGCCGCCAUGGGCCUGCGGCUGCUGCUCCCCCUGCUACUGCUCUGGACUCAGAGGACUGAGGGGUCUGAGCUGGACCCUAAUGGGCGGCACGUCUGCAUGGACAACAGCCCCUCUGCUGAGCUCCAGUGCUGCCCAGGCUGGAGGCAGAAGGAUCGAGAAUGCACCAUUGCCAUCUGUGAGGGGCCCGAUGCCUGCCGGGAAGACGAAGUAUGCGUGAAGCCAGGCCUCUGUCGAUGCAAACCUGGAUUCUUCGGGGCCCAGUGCAACUCCCGCUGCCCGGGCCAGUACUGGGGCCCCGACUGCCGGGAGAGCUGUGCCUGCCACCCCCAUGGCCAGUGCGAGCCGGACACCGGUGUGUGCCGCUGCCAAGCCAACCGCUGGGGUAGCCGCUGCGAGUUCGAGUGCACCUGCAGCCCACACGGGCGCUGCGACCCGAAGACCGGCGCGUGCCACUGCGACGCGGGCUGGUGGUCGACCAAGUGCCACCACCGGUGCCAGUGCAACCCAGUGGCAGCCCGCUGUGACCAGGCCACGGGCAACUGCCUGUGCGAGGUGGGCUGGUGGGGCCGCCGCUGCAGCUUCCGCUGCAAUUGCCACGGCUCACCGUGCGCGAAGGAGUCGGGGCGCUGCGCCUGCCGGCCGGGCUGGUGGGGCCCCGAGUGCCGGCAGCGGUGCGAGUGCCUGCGCGGCCGCUGCAGCGCGGACUCCGGCCAGUGCGCCUGCCCGCCCGGCUUCCACGGCCUGCGCUGCGAGCUGCCCUGCCCCGCGGGCCUUCUACGGGGCUUGCAGUGUGUUGGGAGCUGUGGCCACUGCGAGCAGGAUGAGCCGUGCUCUGCAGACACAGGCAGCUGUAAGUCCUGCGAGCCGGGCUGGAACGGGACCCAGUGCCUCCAGCCCUGCCCACCUGGUACCUUCGGUGAGAGCUGUGGACAGCAGUGCCCCCGCUGCAGGCGUGGGGAGGCCUGCCAGCCAGACACUGGGCACUGUCCGAGCUGUGACCCUGGCUGGCUGGGGCCCAGGUGUGAAGACCCCUGCCCAAGUGGCACCUUUGGGGAGGGCUGUGGCUCCACCUGCCCCACCUGUGUUCAGGGGGCUUGUGAUGCUGUGACUGGGGAGUGUGUCUGCAACGCUGGCUACUGGGGACCCAGCUGCAACGUCUCAUGCCCAUCUGGCUUCCAUGGAAACAACUGCUCUGCUCCCUGUGAAUGCCCGGAGGGACCCUGCCACCCUGUCUCUGGGGCCUGCCAGCUGGGUAAGGUGGAAAGGAGAGACGCCACCCUCAUCGCUGGCAUCCUUGUGCCUCUGCUGCUGCUCCUCCUGGGCAUUGCCUGCUGUGCCUGCUGCUGUUGGGCUGCCCGGUUGGACCCCAAGGACAGGCCAGCGAGGGAUGGAGCUGCUGUGUCCAGGAAGAAGCUCCAGGUCCUGUGGGAGACACUGACCGGCCUGGGCUUCGCGCUGCCCUGCAGGUCCCUCAGCAGCCACAAGCUUCCCUGGGUGACAGUCUCCCACCACGACCCGGAGAUCCCCUUCAACCACAGCUUCAUUGAGCAGCCCUCUGCGGGCUGGGCCUCGGACGACUCCUUCUCUUCUGAUUACGACUGUGGAGAAGAGGACGAGGAUCCUGCCUACUGCGUGCCACCCCAAGAAGGGAUGGUCCCUGUGGCCCAAGCAGCGUCACCAGAGGCCAGCCUGGGUGAUGGCCCCUUCCCUCCCCCUGAGGAUGCCUCCACACCAUUCGCUAUCCCACGCACUUCCAGCCUAGCACGGGCCAAGCGACCCUCGGUCUCCUUUGCUGAAGGCACCAAGUUUGCACCGCAGAAUCGCCAAAGCUCGGGGGAGCUCUCCAACCCGCUCCGCAAGUCCAGGCGGCUCUCCCGGGGUGGCCAGCCAGGUCCUGAAAGCCAGGAGGCUGAGGAGUCCACGGGCCCUGAAAACACUGAAAGGGACAAGGCCCCUCCUGGGGCACCCAGCCCCAAGGAUUCAGCCACUGGCCACCGCCGGCUCCCACUUUGUGGCCGGACAGUGGCUGAGCGCGUGGAAGCCAUCGAAAGCAGUGUCCAGGAGAGCUCAGGCUCCGUAACCACAAUAUACACCUUGGCAGGGACACCCCGGGAAUCUGAGGGCCCGGUCCGGUCUGUCCUCCGCCGUUUCGGUAGCUUCCAGAAAGGCCAGGCAGAGCCCAAGGUCAAGAGUGCCAUCCCCAAGCCUCCACGUCGGGCAUUGAGUCGGAACAAGGGCAGACCCGGGCUGGCCUCUGGCUCUGCCAGUCAGAGCCCUGGCCCAGCCCCCAAUGAGGAGCCCACUGGGGCCUCGCAGCCUGCAGGAACUGGGCCAGAGGAAGUGGCCAGUGGGCUGAGGGAUGGCAUCAAGAGCUCAGGGAGGGUCCAGGAGCUGGGCCCCGGUGGCCCCCCAAAACAGGAUCCCCAGAAGCUGGCUGAUGAGGAAGGGCAGGAGGAGCCCCAGUAUGAGAAUGUUGCACCCAUCUCUAGGCCACCGGAGCCCUGAGGACUGUGAAUUUGGGGAGUGGGAAGGCUAUGGAUGGGGGGUAGGCAUCGAACUGCUUCUGCAUCAGAUUGUAUUUUGUGCUGGAAAAAGGUCCCAGGGCCAGGAAAGACCUACCAGAACCUCUGCCCUUGGUGGGGAAACAUCUGAGGUAGAGGCCGGUUGGCUCUGGGCCCUGGCGGUGUUCCAGGGAAGGUCUGGAAGGCCUGGGCAGAGACCCCACGGGAUGGGGUCAGGAAGGGGAACCAGACGGCUGCAGGAACUUUUUUCUGUUGUCCUGGACUUUGCUUACCCCAAAAGGCUAUUCUUUCCUUCAUUUGCAAAAUAUUUUUCUAAAAUGGAAAACAACCUAAAUGUUUGAUGAUAAAAGAUUGGUUAAAUAAAUAUUUUUUAUGCUAGGUUCCUAAACAACCACGAAAAAUUAUGUUGUGUAAGAGAGCGAGAGAGAGAAACAUCGACGGGUUGCCUCCCACAUGGCACCCCGACCAUGUGCUCGUACCCGCAACCUGGGUAUGUGCCCUGACCAGGGAUUGAACCCGCCACCUUUGGUGUAAGGACGAUGCUCCAACUGAGCCACACUGGCCAGGGCUUAUUUUCUUUUUAAACUUUUGUAUAAUUUGCAUAUUUUGUACAGUGAAUGUUCUUUUUACUUUUCUCACUCGAUUAGACUUUUUUUUUUAAAGUACUGUUCUUUGUUAAAAAUAAAUAGAACUAACAUUAUGGACAUGUAUGAAGUAAAAAUGAGAUUUUCCCUCUCCCCAGGGGAGUCUGGGGGACCAGGGAGGGGCCAGAUUUACUUCUCACUGGAUGUCGUUUGCUCUUGUUCGUGAAUUCUUUCCUCACCUCGUUGCAUUUCCUAGUCAGGAAAUAGAGAGCGGUUUCCCCUCCGUUCCUGUGCUCAGAGAAUCUCAUGGAAGUUCAGAUGCUUCCUUUCAGAUGUCUUUCUGUGCACAUGAACACAGAAGAGCCUGCUGUUCUGCAAUUUGCUUUUUUACUUAAUGUGUCCUGGAUAUCUUUUGGUGCCAGUAAAUAUAAAGCUACCUCUCUGUAUUAAAAAAUGGCUACAUGGGAUUUCAUCAUGUGGAAAUAACACGGAUUAUGUAAACCAUCCCCUACAUUUAGGGAGUUGGGUUGUUUUUAAUUGUUUAAGACUAUAAAUGAUGCUGUGUCCAACUUUGUCCAUUUUUUAAAUAUAUUUGUGCAAGUUUUUCUGUAGAAGAGAUUCCUGCAAGUGGAAUUGCUGUGUUAUGGAGUCAGAACAUUAAACAUUUAUGUAUUUACUCCAAA